AGAGCCCAGAGCCCGAGGAGCCUGAGCCGGAGGCGCGGCCGCGGCCGCCGCGGAGCGAGCUGUCCCUGUCCCUGGGCAGUCGGCUAGGCGGGCAGGCGGACUGCUGCCCCGGGCUCGAACACCCUCCCCGCGCGGCCCCCAGCCUCGGCUCCUCCCCGGGCCCGGCGGGCUCCAAGUGAGCGAGAGCGGCCGUUGCUGUCCCUGCCGCCGCUGCCCCUGCCCCUGCCCCUGCUGCCGCCGCUGCCCUCCGGGGGGUGGCCCGGCCCGCGCAGUCCAUGCGAUUCGGGAUUAAAGUUUGCGCUCGGCGCAGGAGUCCCCAAGAUGCCGUUCCACCCGGUGACCGCGGCGUUGAUGUACCGGGGCAUCUACACCGUGCCCAACAUCCUGUCCGAGCAGCGGCCCGUGGAGAUCCCGGAGGACGAACUGGAGGAAAUCCGCGAGGCCUUCAAAGUGUUUGACAGAGACGGUAAUGGGCUCAUCUCCAAGCAGGAACUGGGCACCGCCAUGCGCUCUCUGGGUUACAUGCCCAAUGAGGUGGAACUGGAGGUCAUCAUUCAGCGGCUGGACAUGGACGGUGAUGGUCAAGUGGACUUUGAAGAGUUUGUGACGUUACUGGGGCCCAAGCUGUCCACCUCAGGGAUUCCUGAAAAGUUCCACGGGACUGACUUUGACACCGUAUUUUGGAAGAAGGGCUUUGGCCAGCCAGCAGGCGGGCUUGCUGGGCUGACCCGCGACCUGGCCCCACAGUGCGAUAUGCAGAAGCUGACGGUGGACGAACUGAAGCGUCUGCUCUAUGACACCUUUUGUGAGCAUCUUUCCAUGAAGGACAUUGAAAACAUCAUCAUGACGGAGGAGGAGAGUCACCUGGGCACUCCUGAGGAGUGUCCAGUCGAUGUGGAGACCUGCUCCAACCAGCAGAUCCGCCAGACGUGUGUUCGCAAGAGCCUCAUCUGCGCCUUCGCCAUCGCCUUCAUCAUUAGCGUCAUGUUGAUCGCGGCCAAUCAGGUCCUGCGGAGCGGCAUGAAGUAGCUGACAGGUGGGGGGCUGGGAAUGGUGUGGCUGCCCUUGCCACACUCCCACCCCCCACCGAGCCAGCCUCACAGUGGCUGGGGCCUCCUGCCAGGCCCCAGGAACAGGAUGGUGCUGGGGGCUGUCCGGGGCCACGGCUGGCCAGAGCAUGUGGCCCUGGCCCCGGGGGCCCGGCCCAGCCCAGCCCACCACGCAUGGCUGUGGUGCCCAGCGCAUGCCAGUGCAUGGGGGGGGCCCUCCCCGGUGUAACUCUGAGUGAUGCAAUCCUGUGUGCGAUAGGAUAUAUUCUACCAUAAAAUAUAAUCUCUCUCUCUCUAUAUAUAUAUAUAUCUAUUUAUGAUAAAAAGAAAACACCAAAACCAUCUGUGAAGCAAUACAAGCCCCCUUCCCCUCCCCUCCUUUAACCCGUGGGCCAUGCAUGGAGCAAGGAUGAGAACUCGAGGCAGAUCUUCACCCUGGCCUGUGGAGCAGAGACCACGGUCCUCCUCCCAAGCCCUCCAUAGCAGAGGGCUCAGAGAAGGCAUCUGGGCAGCUGGACCCUCCCGGGGAAUGGACGUGAUGGGGGGAGGCGUCGGGCCCUGUACCGCAGAGGCUGAACGGGGUCAGGCCUGACCACCAGGAGGGCCCUGAAGCCAGUCUUCUACUCCGUUCCACCUCCAGGGAAGAGGGCAAGCCUUUGAGGCUGGGGGGAUUCUGGGAGAGGCCCCCCAUGCCUGUACCCACCCCCCUUCCCCUGUCUUGUCCCUACCCCUUCUGUAUGUCUGUUUCCUGAUGUGAUUGCUGGUUCUCUAGCCUGUAUGUAGCAUCACCUUGUUCCCGUCCAUUUGGGGGUGUUCAAUCUCAAUAAAGAUGGAAUUUAUAUAUGG